GCUGUUGUGAUUUUGAACCUACUGGGCUUAGCUUUGCCCAUAUUGUUGUUACUCCCUCAAUAUACCCCUAGCUUAGGGGCUUCCUGGGCACUGCUCCAAGAUAGUGGGGCUGUUUUUGGUUCCUUCUCUCCUUAUUUUCCAUUUUUCUUGUGGGAAGGUAUUGUCUUAGCAUGUUUAUGUGUCCUUCCUGCUGUGCUGCAAGUACCCUGCAUGCCCUUCACAAGGCAGCAGAGGACUGAGCCAACUCCACUUCCUUACUGAUGAGCUGAUCCUGCCAUGCACUAUCUUACAGGGUCUGCUCACGCUGCACUUAUGUCUGUGCAAAUGUGUACUGAGCAAAAGCAUCUCUGAUGGUCUGUAGCACAGCCUUCUGCUGCUCAUCUUGCAGUUAUUUGCAUCUCAGAAACUACAUUGUGGUAACUGACCCCAGGCUGCUUAAGGGAAGAGGGGACACUUGCCUAGCUUUCCUCAAGCCCCUUAAUUCUGCGUGCUCCUUGUUUCUGUGAGUAUUGCUGGCCCCAGAACUGCUGAAGGAGCUGUUUCUGUUACUGCAACACUAUCUAGCUGCACAUCUGGUAGCUUGUGGUGAUUUGAUGCUACCUUGGCCUAGAAGUUGCCUCUGAUCACCCUAGAAGACAGACUUCAUGGGCAGAGAAGAACUCGCUUUGAUACAUGGCAUAAGGAUACUAAAGUAAGGGAGACUGUUCCCUUUGAAGCACUUGUAACAAUUACGCUUUUGACCAAUGAGUUGUUGACAUUGUGGAUGUGGAGGGGUUGGAGGUGGGCUUUUUUUCCCCGUGGCUUCUAGCAGCAAACUGCACAUGUCCUUGACCCAGCAGUAUCUGAUUUGGAAAGACUGUUUAUGCAGGAAUGUUUGGACCAUUGGUGGCAGUGCAAGCCCAUGGCUGUGGGUUCUGGGGAGGCCUCCUGGGCUCUCAAACAAGCUGUCUCUAAAAGGUCUCACUCCACCCUUCUGUGUCCUCAGAAACGUACAGUGGUACAUUCCUGAACAGCAGCGUGAAGCACAGACAGAGUGUGAUGACAAUCAUGCUGUAAGGGCAGUUGCUGUUUUGCUGCUUGGCCCAGCAGGCCUGCUUAAAACAACAGUUUCAAUACGCAGCCUGCAGCUGAAUCUGCUCAGCUGCUCCUGCCAUGCUCAGGUAACCAGAUGAUCUAACAUAAGCCUUGCAGAGGUGAGGUUGGUCAUGACCUGAGCAGUGGGGUGAGGUAGCAAGAAGAUGCCAGCAUCACCACCCAUGCAGAUAAAGCCUUUAGGCGGCUGUGCUCUCCUGCGCUUUGCUCAGUAUUCACAACAAUCAGGGACAGGAGUUCAGUUAAUGGCCUGGGCUGGGUGGCGUUUUGGGCAUGGGGGAAGUAUGAAAAAAGGCAACUGCAGAGAGCUGUGAUGUUCAUGUUGCAUAUACUGCUCUGUAGUUUGGAAUAGUAACAUGAAAGGAAACUGAGGAAGAACAUUUUGCUUUGCCAUUUGAACCAAACUGCUGCUGAACUCCUGUAAAGUUCUUUUCCUGUCUGCCCUGUAAGCAGAAUAUUACAAAAGACGUGGGCCUUCCAUGGCCAUUGCAUCUUUAUGGUGACCUGCAGCAGUAGGCAGGGAGGAUGCAGUUUGUCUCUACAGGAGACAAGAUGUCUUUUGCUGCAGCACGGUGAACUGCAAGCAUCUGGGCAGCUCUGAGGCAGCAGUUGUUAUUUGCUUACAUGAUGCUCUGAAGGCUGCUUGCAUUUUAGGGGCUUUCCAUUUCUGCUCCUGUUCAGGCCUGUUGUGACAAUAAAAAGUGUAAUAUACAUUGAAAUGGGUAACCAUGAGGCCUCAUGGUAGUUGACAGGAGUCUUACUGGAGGGGAAAUGCUGAAAAGCGGAUAUGGGGAGAAGCACCAUAACUCAACCUGUAGUACCAAUUUGGAAGUGUCUGUCCUCAUUUCUGCACAGCCCCUGCCUUCCUCUCUUGGCUGUUAAAACUAAUACUGGCAGAUUGUUAUUCAGUCUGUGUUUUGCCUGCUUCUCCCAUCCGCUUCUCUGGCACAUGUAUGUAAUGGACUUGAUGGAUCCUGACUGUAGUACAACCACUGCAGCAUUACAGCAGGGUAUGGAAAGAUCUGUUCCUUAUACACUCUAGGAUAUGGACGUGGAAGUACUGCAAUGCUUGUUUGCCUUUGGCCCUUCAAGCACAGUGCAGCAAUAGGCUGUGGAAGAAGUACAGAACAGGGCAGCUCAGGGAUGCCUCAGGUGUCUGAGCGCAGUUGUGUAGAGGCCUUGGGUGGGAGUAGUCUUGCCUCAUAUCCAGACAGGGCUAGGAAACGGUUUACGGUCACUUAAAGAGCUCUUCUGUUGGUCUUCUAUUAUAUAAAUGUUGCAAGCAGGUUCUUUCAUAUUCAGCAAAUUACUUGGCCUUUUAAAUAUUAACCCUUUAGCAGAAAUUCCUCAGUUUCUCCAUCACUAAUGAGUAACUGCAGAUGCAGCUACUCUUCAACUCAAUCUGAUAAUCUGAGCAGGUUUUCAUUGGUUCUUGAGAUUAUCUUCAAAAUCAGGCACAGCAACUUCUGCUUUAUUAUGCCACUGCUGCUACUGCCUGAUCAUCAAACCGCACAGCUAAAGCUAUCAAGGGGCAGAAGCAGUGUGAAAAGUGAAGUUUCCUUUGAGCUGAUACUGUCUGGAAUGGGAGGAGAUGUGUGGCAACUGUGCCUCCAGCUGUGCAUUGCUUCGGUGCUGCUCUUUGGUGGAGGAAGAGGAAGAGAGCUCCAGGGCAGCCUGAGCUGCCUGAAUAACUAUGUGACUACCGUGAGCUGCAUGUGGGAAAUGGAGGAGCCCAUGGGAGAGGGACCUUUCCACCUGCAUUUCACCAACCUCUGGUCAAAGGGCCACAACGCCAGCUGCAGACUUACUGCCAGAGAAAGCAUGCAGAACCAGUACCACUGCACAAUCCAUUUAGCCAGCCAGAUCUUGGAAACAGAUGGUUAUAGAGUUGCUCUCCAAGGCAACUUCUUUGGACGCAAUCACACGUACAUCAUCUUUCCAGAGUACAAUCCCCGUGAGCACAUAAAACUUGACCCCCCUUUGAACAUCCAGAGCAAUGCCACUGCCAGCAAGUGUCAGAUAUGGUGGAGCGUGCCUUGGUACCUCGUCGAAAUUCUUCAGUAUGAGUUGCAGUAUAAGGAGUACAGCAAGCCCUGGGAGAUUGCACUGAACAAGACGCCCCCCAGUUCACUGCCCCAGGUUGAAAUUGAAGCCGCCGAGCUCCGCAGCGGCGUUGCUUACACUGCACGAGUUCGGUGCAAGGUUUCUGAGAGUGAGGAUUCGUACCAUAGUCAGUGGAGCGAGUGGAGCCAGCCAACAGUGUUUCAAAGAGCAGAACUGCCUGAAAAGAUCCUAAAUACCAGAACUAUGCAGUUCUUGUUCAUUCCUCUGAGUUUCGGCAUGCUGCUGUAUUUAUUUUGGAGCUGCAAGCUUUCUUCAAGGGCAAAAGACCUCUCCUGCUUCAACAUUCCCACACCAGCUGCUUUCUUUCAGCCUCUCUAUAAUUUGCACAAUGGGAAUUUUAAGGACUGGGUUGGAUCUAAUGAGGCUUGUAGCCAGCUCAGAAGAGAAGAGGCCAGCAAGUCAAACAAAGUGACUGCAGAUCAUGUUUCUGAUCUGAACACCCAAGAACAGAUUUCCCAGAUUUUUUCCUUGAAACCUAUGGAAAGCACAAAUCUGGCUGCUGCAGAAGAAAACUUAGUAUUUGCCUCAGUUCCAAGCCAGCAGUACGUCCCCAGCAGGUAUGUAAGAGCAGAAGAGACAGAAGUGAGGCUGGGACUACUGUUUGCACAAGCCCGUGGUGAUGAUACAGUUGGCUUGAAAAUCUCUGAAAAAAUUAAAGCCAACCUUGACAGCCCCAGCACGGGAAGGAAUUCUUCCUCUCACGCACAGCAUGGAAAGGGCAACUUCCUUAUGCUUCAGGAAUCUUUAGAGAUAGCAAAUGUGUCCUUCAGCAGUAGUGACUAUUGUACCUUAUGUGACAAUCAUACCACAGGAGGUUUGAUUCCUGCUGAACUACUGAAGCUCUCCAACGGCAAUAGUCUUCUCAAUCAGAAUGAUCAGAGUGACCUUCCCUGAGGAAUACCGUCUACAAAGAUCUUUGUGCUGUCCUCUCACCUCCCAGCACUGUCUUCCCAAGUGGCUUAAAUAGUGGCCAUGCAGACAAUUACAAACAUGUAUCAUUUUUAGGUAAAUCCUCAAUUUCUGUACUUAAAAAGAAGAUCGUGACAACUCCUCUGGCUAGCAAAUACUACUCCUACAGGCAUCGCAAGGCCUGACUCCAGCAGUACCUGCUGUCUCAGGGGACAUAUAACCAUACUCUUCUCUAAAUUAACCACCUGUCAGCAGCAGAAGUCCAGCAAUGCUCUGGCUAAGGAAGCAGCAGCAGACCUGCUAUUUCGCCUCAGGAGGAGCUAUUGGGAUUGGGCGCCUCUCAGAAGCAGCAAUACUUGUAAUGUGCUGAACCACAACUUAAACUCCAUCGUUAUUUUAUAAAGUAGUAAAAAACAUAACCAAUUUUUGCUAAAAAGGGUAAUUUUGCUUUUUAAUAUUUGCUUCUUAAUAUGAUAUUGAUGACUUCAAAUGGUUCCCAAUUUCUUCAGAAUUCAUAAUUGCUCUAUUUAAUCAGGCAGUGGUCUUGUUCUUUAUUACUCCGAAUGGCUCUAACUUUCUAUUGUGCCGUAACUAAGCCCCAUAUAGUGCUUUGAUUUUAACAACAAUUUAUUCCAAGGUUAAGUGCCUGACCUGAUCUACUGAAGAAAGGCGAAAAGCAAGAAUAGAACAAACGAGCUUUAUUUAAUCAAAAAGCAGGCCAGGCCAACUGCCUCUCCAGGGCUUUUUUUAUUUCUCCAGAACUGAUGAGUUCUUUGCCUAUCUGCUCAACCAAACAGCCUUUCUGAGAUGAACCUCUGGAGGUUUACUUUCUGCCCUAGACACAGAAAACCUUAGAUGUGAUUGACUGCCCACCAAGCAGGUUCCUGAAGUCUUAGUUACAUCUCCUAGGCUUAAAGGGCUCAGGAGUUUUAGCAAGCAUGCUAAGAAAUUUACAGAUGCAACUACACUAGCUGGCACAUGCAUACAUACAGUCACACACAUUCAUUCCUUCCUCUUUGGGAGUGCUUCCCUUGACUCUCUGGUGAUUGUUAGCACUGGUUAGUUCUGACAAUGAAAAG